ACCUGGCCAGCGCUGUCCGGACCAUGUCCGCUAAGCUCCUGCCGGUUUUCUUCCUCCUCUCAGUGUUCCACGCUUGUUCUAGAAAGGUUGAAGAGGAUGAAUAUGAAGAUGGAACAACUAACCAAAAAUGGGUUUUAGCUCCAAAAACACAAGACACAGAUGUGACUCUCAUACUAAACAAGCUGUUGAGAGAGUAUGACAAAAAGCUGCGGCCAGAUAUUGGAAUAAAACCAACAGUUAUUGAUGUUGAUAUUUAUGUCAACAGCAUUGGUCCUGUAUCAUCAAUAAAUAUGGAAUAUCAAAUUGAUAUAUUUUUUGCCCAGACAUGGACAGACAGCCGUCUUCGCUUCAACAGCACCAUGAAAAUACUGACUCUGAACAGCAACAUGGUUGGCUUGAUCUGGAUCCCAGACACAAUAUUUCGUAACUCAAAGACAGCAGAGGCACACUGGAUCACCACCCCCAACCAGCUCCUCCGCAUAUGGAAUGAUGGCAAGAUCUUGUACACCCUCAGGCUUACCAUCAACGCAGAGUGCCAGCUGCAGCUACACAACUUCCCCAUGGAUGAACACUCAUGUCCUCUGAUAUUCUCCAGCUAUGGCUAUCCUAAAGAGGAAAUGAUUUACAGAUGGAGGAAAAAUUCAGUGGAGGCUGCUGAUCAGAAAUCUUGGAGACUCUAUCAGUUUGACUUUAUGGGUCUUAGAAAUACUUCAGAAAUUGUGAAAACCUCUGCAGGUGAUUAUGUAGUCAUGACCAUAUACUUCGACUUAAGUAGAAGAAUGGGAUACUUUACUAUACAAACAUACAUUCCCUGUAUAUUAACAGUUGUUCUUUCCUGGGUAUCCUUUUGGAUCAAAAAAGAUGCCACACCAGCAAGAACAGCAUUAGGCAUCACCACAGUAUUGACCAUGACAACUUUGAGUACCAUCGCAAGAAAGUCAUUGCCCCGUGUUUCCUACGUCACUGCCAUGGAUCUGUUUGUGACUGUAUGCUUUCUAUUUGUCUUUGCUGCUCUGAUGGAGUAUGCCACCCUCAACUACUACUCAAGUUGCAGGAAACCAAACUGUGCUAAGAAGAAGAAGUCGAAUUAUUCUGUACUUGAUAUGAGACCACCAACUACAGUCAUCACAUUGAACAAUACCAUGUAUUGGCAAGAUUUUGAAGAUGCAUGUGUGUAUGAAUGUCUGGAUGGGAAAGACUGUCAGAGCUUUUUCUGUUGUUAUGAAGAGUGUAAAUCAGGCUCAUGGAGGAGAGGACGGAUUCACAUAGACAUCUUAGAACUGGACUCUUACUCUAGGGUCUUUUUUCCUACAUCUUUCCUGCUCUUUAACCUGGUCUACUGGGUUGGAUACCUCUAUCUUUAA